AUAUUUCUCGUGUGAUGAAAUCAAUUCGAUCCAGAAGACGGGGAAACUUCUCCCCCCACGUUAAAGUGUGCAGAGUGCAUAUGUGGAGGAGUAGGGAAGCUUCUAUUAUUUUUUAUUUUUUUUUAACCUUUUGGUGGGUUUACUGUGCAGCAGCCCUCAUACAAAAAAAAAAAAAAAAACCUGCUGGUGUUUUCUGCAAGUUAUUUGUGUGUCAGUUUGCCCCACCCCGAUGGUAAAGUCCCUUUUGCCCUAAUCCAUAGUCCGAUCACACACUCGGCCCUUAAUGGGGGUUUCAAAGCACUUUGAAAGAAGAGGAGGUGGUUGGUGUGUGUGCGGUGGGGAUGGGGGUGGGGGUGCCUUGCACAGGCUCCGGACACAAAACAGAAAUUCACGGCCAGAGGACUUCUCCCCCUUAGGCUCUCCUUCUCCCAGCCAGCGAGACACGGGGUUUUUCCACAGCAAGCAAGAAGCCCCUUGUGCUUCGCAGUUCCCCAAACUUGCGAGCACAAAACCCGGCCCCCCGCUCGCCCUUUUGAAAAUCCCAGCUAGGAAAAGUUAGCAAUCAUGGCACUUGAGCUCUGCGAGAGUGGACUUUGGCUUUUGGAAGUGGGGAAUGGUGUUAUCACCCACACGCACACACAAAAAGGCCAGCGCUGCUUCCCUGGGCUUGGUGGAUGGAAAGGCGAGAAGUGGUGGGUCAGAGGAGUUUUCAGGCAUACGUGUGUUUGCAAAUAAGCGUGCUGGAGCUUUACAUCUUGACCUGUUAGCAGAUCUAUCAAAGAGAGAGGAAGGCAGACCGCCCGGCUAGGACUGAUGUUCAGCUAGAAAUGCCUCCUGGGCAGGGGCGGGAGGGGGGAACUGAAGUUCAGACAACUCGCUGAGAAUGGGUAAAGCGAGAGGAGCUUUGUGGACCUGAAGGGAUGCUUAUGGCGAGGCGAGAGGGGGUAAUCUGCCUUUACCCAGCUGUCCUGGGGGUGUUGUCUCAAACCGUCUGCAGGGCGCCGGGCAUUACCCGGCAGGGGAAGGCUUCUUUAGCAUCUUUCGGGGGAGGGCUUGGGGGGGAAGAGUUAAAAGGAAACGUGGGGUUGACUUUCCUGAUAAGUCGGCUGCGGCCGCCCCUUCCCACCUCCCAGCCCAGGGGAUGUCUCCUCUUUAUCUCCAGGUUGUCUGCACUUACGGGGCCGCUGCCUUGCCUGCAGCUUCGGCGGGCGGGGGGCUGCCGCGCCCCACCUGCUGCAGGGAGAUGGAGGCAGCAAAGUGCCAGAGCUUCUCCUCCAGCUCCCACCUGUGCGUCUGAGGGGGGCUCUGCCGCCGAGACUGGGGUCGUUUUAAGCGCCUCGCAGGUAUAACUGAAGACAUUGUGUGGUCCUUGUAAGAAGUCUGGUUCCUGCUUGGGUUUUAAUUGUAAAAUAUUGUUCUGGAUUUUUGUAUAGGAUUUCAGAUGUGUUCUAAGCCUGCUGGAGUGAGCACGCUUCCGGGCACUGAUGGAGACAAGAGCUCAGCACGGUAGUGGGUCGCAGGUCUUGCUACAGGCUCGACGUGACAGUGGGAGACCACACGGGGAGCCCGAUCUGAGGGAUGUCCUGGCACAGCAGGUUCACGUCUUGUCCUUGGACCAGAUCAGAGCCAUCCGAAACACAAAUGAGUACACAGAGGGACCGACAGUGGCUCCACGGCCUGGGGUCAAGUCCACUCCUCGCCUAGCAACCCAACCCAAAAAUGAAAGGCCCCAUGGCUUGCCUGAACAUCGUCAUUUUAGCCGGAUUCAGCACAUGCAAACCCACGUUUCUCCUCGGGCACCUCUGUCCCGCUCCAUCAGCACAGUCAGCACAGGUUCACGGAGCAGUACGAGGACAAGUACGAGCAGUAAUUCCUCCGAACAAAGACUUCUAGGAUCAUCUUCAGGGCCGCUGGCUGACGGGAUAAUCCGAAUGCAGCCCAAGUCUGAGCUCAAGUCAAGUGAGCUGAAGCCACUGAGCAAAGAAGACUUGGGAACACACAGCUACAGGUGUGAGGACUGUGGGAAAUGCAAGUGUAAGGAGUGCACUUAUCCAAGGACCCUCCCAUCAUGUUGGAUCUGUGACAAGCAGUGUCUUUGCUCAGCCCAGAACGUGGUUGAUUACGGGACUUGUGUUUGCUGUGUGAAGGGCCUCUUCUAUCACUGCUCUAAUGAUGAUGAGGACAACUGUGCUGACAACCCCUGCUCUUGCAGUCAGUCGCAUUGCUGCACUAGAUGGUCUGCCAUGGGUGUGGUGUCCCUCUUUUUGCCUUGCUUGUGGUGUUACCUGCCAGCCAAGGGUUGCCUUAAAUUGUGCCAGGGCUGUUACGACCGGGUAAAUAGGCCUGGGUGCCGCUGUAAACACUCAAACACAGUUUGCUGCAAAGUUCCCAGUGUCCCCCCCAGGAACUUUGAAAAGCCAACAUAGCAUCACUAAUCGGAAAUAGUCAAAUAAUAAGGAUUAUUUUAACACACAUAUGCAACCAACUAAGCAACUAUGGUCUUGGCACUGUAGUAGAAGGGUUGGGGAUACACUUUGCUGUUUGCAGUGACAUGCUUUUCUCUUUGUGUGCCAUCUUAACUGAUAUGCUUGCUAGAAUCCAGCUAGUGGGAUACAGGGAAAGAAAAAAAAAAAAGGGAUACAGUACAUUGUGACCCACAUAUUGCAUAAGCUAAAGCAACACAGACACUCCUAGGCAACUCUAUUGUUUGUGAAUAGUACUUGCAAAAAUUUGUAAAUUAGCAAAUGACUCCCUUUUUUCAUUGUUUUCUGCCAGAGAUAAUGUGCUAUAUUUUUGUAUAUACAAUAAUAUUUUCAACUGUGAAAAAGUAAUUAGUGUCAUAAGACAUGGCACAGUCACAAAAUAUUAUACUAAUAUGUUGUACAUUCGGAAGAAUGUGAAUCAAUCAGUAUGUUUUUAGAUUGUAUUUUGUCUUACAGAAACCUAUUACAAGACUCUGAUUUCCCUUUGGACUUCAUGUAUAUUGUACAGUUACAGUAAAAUUCAGCCUUUAUUUUCUAAUUUUUUUCAACAUAUUGUUUAGUGUAAAGAAUAUUUAUUUGAAGUUUUAUUAUUUUAUAAAAAGAAAUAUUUAUUUUAAGAGGCAUCUUACAAAUGUCACCCCUUUUUAUGAGGACGUCAUAGUUGCUGCAAAUAAGGGGUGAACGAUGCAUAUGUUCACUAUAAAAUAGAAAAUAUAUUAACGUUUGAAAUUAAA